AUGCGUCUCACCUCCCUCCCAAACGAGAUUCUCCAAACCAUCGCCGACAAUCUCGAAAAAGACAGCGAAAUAAAUCAAUUCAUCCUCACAAGCCGGGAAAUCUACUCCCGCCUAAACGACUGGUUCUACCGCCGCAACAUCCGCCAAGGAGGAUGGGCCCUCUUCGACGCAGCAUAUAACGGUCGAGUAGACACCGCAAAGCGACUUCUCAGACUCAGCGCAGACUCAAAUGCCAAAGGCACCCAUCAUGACCACCCCCGCUCGCCCGUGAGGACGGUUCUGGGAAUCGCGGUGUGGAGUGAACAUUAUGAGAUUGUCAAGUUACUUCUUGCGUACGCUGCGGAUCCGAAUGAUCCAGAUAGCCGUGGUCGAACACCUCUCUUCUAUGCUGUGGAGAAAGAGAAUGUCUUGAUUGUGAAGCUCUUGCUUGAGUGGGGGGCCAAUGUCAAUGUUUACGAUUUCGGUGACCCUCCACAGUGUCCGCUGGACUGGGCUUUAGCAUUGGAGGAUGAUCAGGGUGUUGUGGAGCUUUUGCUGGGCGCGGGUGCCGAUAAACGUCUCGAGAACUCGGAUCUUUGUACACCGGAUUCUCCUUGGUCUGUAUCGUCUGGAUCGUCUUUUGAAAAGGAGUAG